AAAAAUGCAGAUCUUUGUGAAGACCCUGACCGGCAAGACCAUCACUCUUGAGGUUGAGCCCAGUGACACCAUCGAGAAUGUAAAGGCCAAGAUCCAGGACAAGGAAGGCAUUCCCCCCGAUCAGCAGAGGCUGAUCUUCGCUGGCAAGCAGCUGGAAGAUGGGCGCACCCUGUCUGACUACAACAUCCAGAAGGAAUCCACCCUGCAUCUUGUGCUGCGCUUGAGGGGUGGUAACUGAACUGGCUGGUUGUUGAACCAGUGACACCAUUGAGAAUGUCAAGGCCAAGAUCCAGGACAAGGAAGGCAUUCCCCCUGAUCAGCAGAGGCUGAUCUUCGCUGGCAAGCAGCUGGAAGAUGGGCGCACCCUGUCCGACUACAACAUCCAGAAGGAAUCCACCCUGCAUCUUGUGCUGCGUCUUAGAGGUGGCAUGCAGAUCUUUGUGAAGACCCUGACCGGCAAGACCAUCACCCUAGAAGUUGAGCCCAGUGACACCAUUGAGAAUGUCAAGGCCAAGAUCCAGGACAAGGAAGGCAUUCCCCCUGAUCAGCAGAGGCUGAUCUUCGCUGGCAAGCAGCUGGAAGAUGGGCGCACCCUGUCUGACUACAACAUCCAGAAGGAAUCCACCCUGCAUCUUGUGCUGCGCUUGAGGGGUGGUAACUGAACUGGCUGGUUGUUGCUUGCUUCCUUCCAAGUAAAAAUUUCUCUGCACUUGUUCAUUCCAAUAAAGU